AUGGAAUUGAAUGUCUUUACUUUCUUUUCUGUAGACUGUGGUAAUAGUAAUAGUAAUAGUAAUAGUAUAAAUCCAAUGAAUUCAUUUAAAAUAAUACUUCUUUCAUCAAUAUUGAGAAACAAGAUAUUUUCAUAUGUUAAAGAUAUUCAUGAUCAAAAUGGAUAUAGUGGAGCUUUUAGAUGUGAUUGGUAUGAUCUUGGUUGUUUUCCUCAUCUCUUAAUUAAAUACAAUUAUAAUCAAAGAUACAAAGAUAUAUACAAUACAAUCAUUAAAGAUAAUGUUAAUAAUAUGAAUCAAAAAAAUAAAAAGAGGAAUAGUAAUGAUAGUAAUCUUACAAUCAUCGAUUUCCAAAGAUUAUAUCUAUUGUCACUUAAAAAAGUAUUUAAAAGUGGAAAUUACGAAUUGGUAGAGUUCCUUCAUCAAUCGUUACCACCGAAACUGUUUCGCGAGCAUGCUCGCUUUUCGAUUAACAAUACCAGUCUGCAAAUCAUUGAAUAUCUUCAUAGCAAAAAUGUCGGUUGUUUCAAUCAGGGCGUGAUGGAUAAAGCUGCGGAACUCGGACGAUUUGAUAUUGUAAAGUUUCUCCAUUACAAUCGAUCGGAAGGAUGUUCUAGAGCUGCACUUGACUCUGCAUCUAAAUUGGGUAGUCUCGAAAUGGUUAAAUUCCUCAGUGAAAAUCGUACCGAAGGAUGUUCGGCUCUGGCAUUCAAGAGUGCUUCAAUCAAUGGAGAUUUGGAAGUACUGAAGUAUCUAGUUGAGAAUAGACCGGAACAAUGUCCGGUGAAUCUCAUUGAUGAAAUCAGUGCAUGUGAACGUAGUCUUCCUAUAAUUCAAUAUCUUUUGACAAACAACAGCAGUGUUAAACAAAAGAUAACUAAAUCGGCAAUGGAUGCCGCAGCGAGAAAUGGUCACUUGGAAAUUAUCCGAUAUCUCCAUGAGAAUACAAGUGCCCAAUGUUCAAAAUCGGCUAUGGAUGGUGCAGCGAAUCGCGGGCACCUUGAAACUGUCCGUUUCCUCCAUUUUAAUCGAUCGGAAGGUUGUUCAGCUCUUGCAAUGGAGGUGCGCCUAAAUUUAAACGAUUGUCCAGCUGAUUCAAUGAACUGUUUUGCGAAACAUAAAGAUACAUCGACACUUCAGUGGUUUAAAGAUAACACAACAUUGCAACUCUCAUCGAAAGCCUAUAUAAAUGCAAUCGAGAGUAACCGAUUGUCGAAUCUCGAAUGGAUUCACGAGAAUACUAAACUUCCAUUCCCAGCGGAAGCAUUGGAUAUUGCUGCAACGAAUUCAUUUUACGCCAAUCUAGACAUUGUAAAGUAUCUUCAUGAUCAUGGGGCGUCUUGUACGACCAGAGCAAUGAAUAACUCCGGUAGCUUUGAAAUAGCAUCGUUUUUAUAUCACAAUAGAACUGAAGGUUUUACCCAUCUUGCAAUGGAGAAUGCAAUUAGGUUAGACAAUAUUCAAAUGAUAAAAAUUCUAGCAGAAAAUAGAUCUGAAUAUCAUAUUGUUACUGCAAGUAGUUUCACGGAAAUUACAAGAUCAUUCUAUUUUAUUGCAAGACUCAAGCUAAUAAGAUUACACAAAAAAUAUUAA